CCUACAGGAGCCUUCAUUAUCAUCAUCAUCAUCAUCAGCAGCAGCAGCAGCAGCAGUUGUUCCAUUUAAAGCAGGAUCGAUUGUAUCUAAUAAAGUAAAAAUGAGACCAAAAAAUCAGAUACAACGUUCACCUUUAGAGCAAACAGAAAGUGAAGAACAUCUGCAAUUAUAUAAAAUUCUUUUCGACACUAUCUUUAAAGAAUGGAAUAAAACACAAAACUUUUCAAAGGAAUUCAAUACAUCACUUGUACCGUCACGUAUUAAAUCAUUCAGUGAACAAUUUUCAGCACAAUUCAUUCCAUCUCAAGAUUCCCAUACAUGCUCUCUUAAAGGACUAGAGCAAUUGCAAAUUCUUUCUAGAGAAAUCAAUCAUGCUAUCCUUUCUUCUGAAAAUGCAAAAAUAACGUGUCGUAUCCUAUUAGUUAAUUUUCGAUUCUGUCUAUCUGUCUGUCAUGAGGAAGGACUGUAUGAAAUUAUACAACUAAUUGCAGAAAUUAUCAAUAAAUUGACAGUUCAUUUCUUAUUUACAAGAGAUUUAUUAUUUCAAGAACUCCUUAUCGAUUCAACGCAUUCGACACUCUAUCAACUAGCGCAAGCAUUUACUCAUUUCCCAUUUUCAAAGCUACCUCCAGAAUAUUACAUCAUACAAGAGAAUAGUCAAGUUUAUGACAUGAGUUAUACUGAAAUCAUAAAAUUAUCGGAGAAAUAUGACGUUCUUCCUUCAGCGAUCAUCAAAGCCCGUGACACGAAGCGAACACCAAAAGAAGCAUUUCCAACUGUGAAAGCGAUUUUGGAGAUAUUCACUCGUGUAGCACAAGAUAACAGUAAAUCAAUGUAAAAGUUCAAUUUCAAUUUUUAAUUUAAUUUAAUUUAAUUUUAAAAACCUUACAAUCAAGACACUCACAUUUCAAUUAGGAAUAAACUUCA